AUGGCCUUCUUCUUCUUCCAGUUCCUCCUGCUCCUGCUUCUAGCCGCCGCCCAUGGCGCGGCCCCUGUUCUUGGCUUCACGAGGAGCGACUUCCCGCCGGAAUUCGUCUUCGGGGCCGCCACCUCGGCAUACCAGAGCAAACAAACCAACGAAAGCAAGUGUUCGCUAGGAUCCAAUCCACCAGCUCUCACAGCGAAGCCUAACAAGUCAACAACCACACAAGUAGAUUAUCAUUUCCUGCUUGUUUUAGUUAGUUUUAUGUGGCUCUGGUUAUUUAUUUUUCAACUCGAAUGUGUGGCUCUGGUUUACCUCUUGCGCAUUUUAGCUGGCCUCUCUUGCUCUGCUUCUCUGGUUAAUUUGCUCUGUUUUUCUUUUAUGCAGUAUGAGGGUGCCGUGGCUGAGGAUGGCAGGAGCCCAAGCGUCUGGGACACCUUCACACAAGCAGGGAAAAUGUCGGAUAAAAGCACAGGCGAUGUCGCUGCUGAUGGGUACCACAAGUACAAGGAUGAUAUCAAGCUCAUGGUUGACACUAACCUAGAGGCUUACAGAUUCUCUAUCUCCUGGUCAAGGCUUAUACCAAAUGGGAGGGGGACUGUCAACCCAAAAGGUUUGGAGUACUACAACAACCUUAUAAAUGAGCUAGUGCAACAUGGGAUUCAAGUCCAUGUUAUGCUUUCCCAUCUCGAUUUCCCGCAAGUUUUGGACGAUGAGUAUGGCGGAUGGUUAAGCCCUAAAAUUGUGGAGGAUUUCACAGCAUUUGCGGAAGUGUGCUUUAGGGAGUUUGGAGACAGGGUUUCAUACUGGACAACGAUAGAUGAACCUAAUGUCAGCGCACUAGGAUCUUACGACAAUGCACUAUUUGCCCCGGGACGUUGCUCCAACCCAUUUGGAAUAACAAAUUGUACAGUGGGAAACUCAACUGUGGAACCAUACAUAGCAGCUCAUAACAUGAUACUGGCUCAUGCAUCAACUACCAGACUUUACGGAGAAAAAUAUCGAGCUGCCCAAAAGGGAGGUGUUGGCAUAAAUGUUUACUCUUCUUGGAGUUAUCCUAUGACGAACUCUGAUGUGGAUGUGGAAGCAGCUAAAAGAUACUUAGACUUCGUGUUCGGAUGGAUACUAGAGCCCUUGGUGUCUGGAGAUUACCCAGAUGUGAUGAGGAAAAAUGUUGGGUCUCGACUUCCAUCGUUCACAAAGUCCCAGUCUCAAGUUGUCAAGGGAGCUGUUGAUUUCAUAGGAAUAAACCACUACUAUUCCAUGUAUGUUAAUGACCGUCCUUUAGACAAAGGCACUCGUGACUAUUCAGCAGACAUGUCUCUUUACCAAAGAGCUUCUAAAACAAUCCCAGGAAGUAGCAAGAAUGUCCCAGCAUCUUCUCAAAGUGACCCGGAAGGAUUGCAAUAUGUGCUGCAGUACCUUACGAAAGCCUAUGGGAACCUUCCUAUCUAUGUGCAAGAGAAUGGUGUUGCAUCUAAUGACACUCUCGAUGACACCGAAAGGAUCGAAUACUUGAAGAGCUACAUGGGUAGCACACUGAAGGCAGUAAGGAAUGGAGCAAACGUAAAAGGCUACUUUGUCUGGUCCUUCCUAGACGUCUUCGAGUUCUUUGCAGGGGCCAAGUCACGGUACGGCCUGUACCGUGUCGAUUUUAACGAUGAGGCGCUGCCACGACAAGCGAAGCUCUCUGCUCGAUGGUACUCUGGCUUCCUGAAGAACAAUGACACCUAUGUUCGGAACGAGCUCGAAAGUACAGGAUCGCAUGCUCUGCAAUGA